AUGGCUGGUGCUGACGAAGACUGUGUCACUGCUUAUUCACCUCGACUUUUAUAUGUCUUGAAAUCUUAUUUGCUAGGUCAUAUUGCAUGCAGCUGCUGCGGUUUUGAAGGUGGAGGAUCAUCAGCGGGAUAUUCUGGAGGCUCAAGGGGUGGAUUCGGAGGAUCAGGUGGAUUUGGCUCUAGAGGCUUCGGUUCGCGUGGAGGCUCAUCAGGUGGAUUUGGCUCAGGCGGUGGAUCCUCAGGAGGGUACUCUGGUAGUUCUAGAGGUGGAUUCGGGGGAUCAGGUGGAUCUCGAGGUGGAUUUGGAAGUUCAGGAGGCUUCGGCUCCGGUGGAUUUGGCUCGGGUGGAGGAUCCUCUGGUGGAUAUUCAGGUGGAUCAGGCGGAGGCUUUGGAGGGUCAGGCGGCUUCGGUGGAUCCGGUGGAUUUGGAUCGAGUGGAGGAUCCUCUGGUGGAUAUUCGGGUGGAUCAGGCGGAGGCUUUGGAGGGUCAGGCGGCUUCGGUGGAUCGGGUGGAUUUGGAUCAGGUGGAGGAUCCUCUGGUGGAUAUUCGGGUGGAUCAGGCGGAGGCUUCGGAGGGUCAGGCGGCUUCGGUGGAUCCGGUGGAUUUGGAUCGGGUGGAGGAUCCUCUGGUGGAUAUUCGGGUGGAUCAGGCGGAGGCUUCGGAGGGUCAGGCGGCUUCGGUGGAUCCGGUGGCUUCGGCGGCGGUGGAGGAGGAUCCGGUGGCGGCGGAUCGCUGGGUGGGUACCUCCCUCCGGCAGGGAACUUAUGCAGUGAGAGUGAUCGACUCAAGGAAACUAUGAGUUACAGUUCCUGGGACGAAGGCGGAGGCGGAGGCAUCGGAGGCGGUGGGUGCUCCGGCGGCGACUGCGGAGGCUCAGGAGGCUAUGACGGAGGAUCGGUCGGAGGAGGUGGAUGCGCCGGAGGGGGGUGUGGAGGAUCGUCUGGUGGAUACUCUGGUGGAGCAGGAGGAGGCAUAGGUGGUGGAUUCGGAGGCGGCGGUUCUUCUGGUGGAAUUGGAGGUGGAUUCGGUGGAGGAGGAUCCUCGGGUGGAUAUUCUGGUGGAUCAUCUGGUGGAAUUGGAGGUGGAUUCGGCGGUAGCGGUUCUUCUGGUGGAAUUGGAGGUGGAUUCGGUGGAGGAGGAUCCUCGGGUGGAUAUUCUGGUGGAUCAUCUGGUGGAAUUGGAGGUGGAUUUGGAGGCGGCGGUUCUUCUGGUGGAAUUGGAGGUGGAUUCGGUGGAGGAGGAUCCUCGGGUGGAUAUUCCGGUGGAUCAUCUGGUGGAAUUGGAGGUGGAUUCGGAGGCGGCGGUUCUUCUGGUGGAAUUGGAGGUGGAUUCGGUGGAGGAGGAUCCUCGGGUGGAUAUUCUGGUGGAUCAUCUGGUGGAAUUGGAGGUGGAUUCGGAGGAGGUGGAGGCUCCUCCGGUGGAAUCGGCGGUGGGCUUGGGGGAGGGGCCGGCGGCUCCCUUGGCGGGUACCUUCCACCUUCAAGGAGGAGGCACAAGGAACAGCUCUUGGCAAACCUCUUAAUGGAAUUCUUAGACUCUGAGCUUCUCCCUUCCAUCUCACUUCGCCCUGUCGGUUUGGAUGAGUACCUGGAUGGAGAGAUCGACGUCCUGCGUCGCGUUAUCUGGAUGGAGAGCUCGACGUCUUGCGUCGCGUUAUCCAGGGCUGAUCUUUCGCCAGGUGAGCACUCUCUGUCGGAACAUGAUCCACACCAGUGCACCCUCUACCUAUGCUGUUCCUUGUGCCUCCUUUGA